AUGGAGAAAAAAGUGUUGACCACCUCCACGGGGCAGCCUGUGGACGACAACCAGAACUCUGUCACUGCAGGGGAGUAUGGGCCCAUUGCCAUAUCGGAUUUCCAUCUGAUUGACAAGCUGGCCCACUUCGACCGGGAGCGCAUCCCGGAGAGGGUGGUCCAUGCUAAGGGCUCGGGGGCACAUGGGUACUUUGUUGUCACGAAUGACGUCACCAAGUACACCAAGGCCAAAGUCUUCUAGAAGGUCGAUGAGAAGACUCCAGUCUUUGCCAGGUUCUCGACAGUCGGCGGAGAGAAGGGCUCUGCGGACACCCAGCGCGACCCUCGGGGGUUCGCGGUCAAGUUCUACACGGAGGACGGCAACUGGGACAUGGUGGGCAACAACACCCCAGUGUUCUUCAUCCGGGAUCCAGUCAAAUUCCCGGAUUUCAUCCACACCCAGAAACGGAACCCCGAGACCAACCUCCCCGACCCGAACAUGGUCUGGGACUUCCUUUCGCUGGUGCCUGAGAGCACACACCAGGUGACCGUGCUCUACUCGGACCGGGGCACGCCUGACGGAUACCGGCACAUGAACGGGUACUCUUCCCACACCUUCCGCUGGGUCAACAAGAAGGAAGAGAGCUUCUGGGUCAAGUACCAUUUCAAGACCGCCUCGGGCAUCCAAAACCUGCAUGCCAAGAAGGCCGGCGAGCUGAAGGGCUCGGACCCUGACUACUCCCAGCGCGACCUGUUCUUCCAUCUCAAGAGCGGCAAGACCUCGGAAUGGAACCUGUUCGUGCAGGUGAUGCCUGAGGAGGAAGGCUUCAAGUACAAGUGGAACAUCUUCGAUGUGACCAAGGUGUGGCCGCAUUCGGACUACCCCCUCAUUCCGGUCGGCAAGUUGGUGCUCAACAAGAAUCCGGCCAACUACUUCGCGGAUGUGGAGCAGUCGGCCUUCUCGCCGGGCCACCUCAUCCCUGGCAUGGAGCCCUCCAUGGACAAGAUGCUGCAAGGCCGGCUGUUCUCAUACCCCGACACCCACCGGCACCGGCUGGGCGCCAACUACGACCAGAUCCCGAUCAACUGCCCCUACCGCGCCCGGGUGCACAACAACCAGCGGGACGGCCCCGCCUGCGUCAACGGCAACCAGGGCAGCAACCCCAACUACGAGCCCAACUCGUUCAAAAACUACGAGUUCCGCAGUGACGCCAGGUAUGCGCCUUACCGCGUGACGGGCGUGCUGGGGCGGUUCCGGCCAGGCCACCCCAACGACGACUUCGCGCAGCCGGGGGCGCUGUUCCGGAAGGUCAUGUCCGAGAAACAGCGGGGCUGGCUGCUCGAGAACAUCGGCGGGCACCUGAAGGAAGCCGGCCGUGACAUCCAGGAGCGAGCCAUCCGCAACUUCCUGAAGUCCGACCCCGAGUACGGCGAGAAGCUGGCAGAUUCGCUGGGCUUCCCUGCGCUGAAGGCACGGCUCUGA